AUGAUUGGAGAACUCAUCACAAGUUGUUUACUAUUGGUGCUUGGAUACGCAUAUCCUGCGUUUCAGUGCUUCAAAACCGUGGAGAAAAACAGAGUCGAAAUUACAGAACUCCGUUUCUGGUGUCAAUAUUGGCUACCAAUGUAUGGAGAGAUGAAAUUGGCCCUUUUCAUCUACUUGUGGUAUCCAAAAACUAAGGGAACCGGAGUUAUUUACGACACUCUGUUACGACCUUACGUGUCGAAACACGAGACGGACAUCGAUCGGAGAGGAGAGCGAGUGGCAUCACCACCACGAAGAUCAUUCGGGUUUUUCAGGCGGAGCAAACCCGAGAAGCGGGCUUAUCGCAACCAAACCUCCAAAUCGGAGGCCAUUAAAGUCGAGCUACAAAACCAAAGGCACUUCAUCCGACCGGAAGAUGUUCUUGUUUCGGACCCCAAGUUGGGGGCCGAUAAAUCGGAUGUUGAUCACGAAAUAGAAGCAGCUAGGAACAGACUUAGGCGCUUUAUUGAUGGCUAA